AUGGCAGACGAACGUGGACCAAUUAAAGGGAGCGGUUCCUCCAGCUAUGGUGCUACCGAUGAUAAUGCUAGUGUUGGAAAGUCGACGGCUGUUCCCGAACAAAUAGAAGUAGUACAUGAUCAUGAUAAUCUCCAUGGUUGGAGAAAAAUCAAAUAUCAAUUCCGUGAAUAUUUUGCUGAAUUUUUGGGUACUUUCACUUUGGUUGGCUUCGGUCUCGGUGGUAUUGCCCAAGCAGUCCUCAGUGAAUUUCUUAGUGAUAGUCCAAAAGGCAAUUGGCUGACUAUUGCUUUAUCUUUUGGUUUUGGUUUGGCACUUGCUAUCACUGUAUCUGGUAACAUUUCGGGUGGUCACUUAAAUCCUGCCGUCACGAUAACACUUGCUGUGUUCCGUCGUUUCAGUUGGUUAAAAGUACCUGGUUAUAUCGUCGCCCAAACUAUAGGUGCUUUUGUAGCCGCAGCCAUUGUAUUUGCAAAUUACAACGUGGCUAUCUCGAAAUUCGAUGGUGGACAUCGACACGUGACUGGUCAAAAUGCCACAGCCGGUAUUUUCGCAACCUAUCCAGUCGGUUUCCUCACAACACCCGGUGCAUUCUUUUCCGAAGCACUCGGCACCUUCUUCCUACUCCUUGUCAUCCUUGCAGUGACUGACGAACGAAAUACUCCAACUUCCAAAUUUGCUGCGCCAUUCACUAUUGGUCUUGCUCUUACCACUAUUGCAUUGGCGGGUGGCUGGGAAACUGGUUUUAGUUUAAAUCCAGCAAGAGAUUUUGGCCCUCGAUUGUUUACUUUCGUCGCUGGUUACGGUGUUGAAGUUUUUUCUGCGGCAAAGUUGUAUUUCUGGAUCCCACUUGUUGCUCCUAUAGUUGGUGGAUUGGUAGCUGGUUUUGUCUAUGACGGUCUCAUCUAUACUG